AUCAUGAUAAACAGAGAACAAGCACUCCUAUACAAGAAAUACAAGAAGAAGGCAGCGUGACAAGCCCCGCGCAAGGAAAGCACACAUUGACUCCAUCAACAAAGCAAGCUCCAUUGCCACCGUUGAAGAGAGCUUCUGUUGGUAAGUUAAAUAGUUUCAUAUAUUCAAAGAUAUAUAUCUCUUUGUACAAACUUUAUCGUGUGCGAGGUUUCAUUCGAUUUAUAAUUUAUUAAAUAGCUUAUAAUAAUUUAAUUGUUCAGGAAAAUCCCUAUCAGGGAAACAACGAUUGGAUCAAAGAAAGGCCACUACAAUUGUUUUAAAAGAUGGUUUUGAAUUGCACGACAACAGUCAAACACCUUAUGAUACGGUUGUGGCAUAUCUGGGCGACGAUACUAUCACAAAAUCACGCGUAACUCGAGCAGUAAAAGAGGCAUUCCCUGGAGUCUACAUCAGGAGGGAUAGAAAAGAUAACAAAAAUCAGUAUCCUUUUCCUUUAUAAAUCUAUAAAUAUUAUAUAAUUAAACCAAUUAUAUUGUAUAUUAAACCGAUUAUAUAUUAAACCAAGUAUAUUAAACAUAACAUUACAUUAUUAGUAACACCUAGCUGGCCACUAGGUUUCUUUCUAAUGUCAUCAGAUACCGUAAACCUCUGAUUAUAAGCCCCCUCGAAUAUAAGCCCAUCGCAUAUACUAACGCUCACCUCAUUCCAAAUAAAAGCCCCCCCCCCCCGAAUAUACGUCCACCUGAAUAUAAAUCCCCUGAAUAUAAGCCCAGUAGCCCACUACGUUACUCAACAUUGGUCACAUUGUCUUUUACAGUAAUAUAGCAGAGAACUGUUUUUGAACAGAUGACAAUAUUUAAAAACAUUGUCAUUGUCUUAAUAUAGCCCACUAUAUGUGAAUUAAAACGCGUUAUUAAUACAUGUUUAUUUUCCUGUUUAUGUCUGACUUGUUUAUGUCUGACUUGUUUACUACUAAUACAAAAACUUGUCCAUGUAUAAGCCCCCCCCCCCCAUAUAUAAGCCCACCCUUGUAUAAGCUCAUCAAAAAUCGCUUACAAAGUAUAUAAGCCCAGGGCUUAUAGUCGGAGGGUUACAGUACCUGCAGUACUGUAAAAGCCAGUGUUUUAAACUGCUAAAUGUUUUAAUUUGCUUGCAGCACGAGUACAGCUUUGUUUGUUAAAUUUUGUCCUGCCAGUUAUAUGAAGAGAAACAAAUUCUCAAAUAUUUCAUAUCUAGAAUGGUUGGUGCAAUCCUAUUAAAACUUUUAAAAAAAUUACGGUCAGAAAUAAAUUUUACAUUGAUUAAUCUGUUUAGAACCAUUCAAAUUUAAUUCAAUCCUUUUAGAACCAUUGGUUUCAAUUUCUGUAACAAUAGUUGUAGAUAUAUAACCAUUUAAAACAGUUUUCCUUCACUGAUAAAUUAACAGAGUGGUUUUUAUUAACCUACGGGAAAAGUGUAUUGCUCAUCAAUUUUCUGACAUUAAACAUGAUGAGAUUGAAGCAAAUGGUAUGAGUAUAUUCUAUUAUAUAUCUAAUAAAUCUAAUGUAUAUAAUUCUAAUAAAUUUUCCCAAGCCCCCCCCCCCCCUCCACACACAUAAACACACACCAGCCAUGAAUAGGCCCCUUUAAGUGGCAAAACACUCUGAUGUGCCCUAAUUUAGAAUUUUACUCUGUCUAACGCCAGAUGAUAUUUAGUGCAUAGUCAUUUUCAGACAGAGACAAGCAUACUUUCUCAUGUCAUUGAUUUUUGCAAUAAAGAUGUAUGUGCGGAAUUAAAUUUUAUUAUUUUUUACAUUUGUCUUUUAUAUAGACGAUAUUAAAAAUCUGCUUACAAACUUGGAGCUUUCAGAUUUAGUCGUAAGCCAAGUAUGGUCAUCCAUUGUAUCAAAAUAUAAUGAAGGUGGUGAUAUAUCUGAUCUACUAGCAGAAUAUGCAAAAGAAUCACAAAAGCGAGAAGGCCACAUUAACAAUGUCAUGAACAUGUUUAAAGAGGAAAUUGAGAAAUUGAAGCACAAUGUUCCUGAUAAUGCAUUGUCAGAUAAACAAAAGCACAUGAUCAAAUUAGAAAUGAAAGAAUUUGAAGACAUUUGUGAUACUGGUAUUCGUGGCUCUUCUGUACUGAAUGUGUCUGAUACCAUUGAUGCAUCACUUUUUAAAGAUACUUUGGAGGCAGUGAAAGAAAAAUGCCCUUUAAUAUACAGUAUGGUAGAGAGUCUAGUAAUUUCCAACCCAGCAAGCAGAAAUUUAUUAAAGACAAACACACAUAAGAUGGUAUGUGGCUUACAUAUGCUUGGGAUUAUCAGUAACAUCAGAAACCAAAGAACAAGAAAUUGUUUUCCACUAAUAUUUGGUCUUCUUGGUAUAACAUUUGGUGCAGGAAAACAAUUUAUUGACAUGCUUCAGUCAAUUGGAUUAUCUUUACAUUGA